AUGUCGCUCUUUCGGCAGCUCAUGUCCAACAGCAAGACCCGGUCCUCGGGCGGCUGCUGGACAUGCAGGGUGAGGAGGAAGAAAUGCACAGAGAACAAGCCCGAGUGCGACACGUGCAAGGCCCUCGAGAUCACCUGCUACUUCCAGGACGAGAAGCCGGAAUGGAUGGACGGCGGGCCCAAGCAAAAGGACAUGGCAGAGGCCAUCAAGGCCCAGGUCAAGAAGCAGGCCAGCCAGCGCCGCGACCGCAAGUAUCUCGAGAUGCUCGAGGCCGGCACCCAGUCUGUCUCACUCAGCGAUGACACUCUGACACCUUCAACCGUUCGCAAGGAUCGCCACGACGGCAUGUCGGGGACGUCAGACACGGAUCCGUCCCCGCGGAGCAAUGAGAUGGACUCCACGCCCGCCUCCAGCAACACCAACGGCACCUCGCCGCCCGAGGCACCCUGGCACAGCCAGCUCUUUGUGCGCGAAGAGGACCCGGCUUCGGCACCGGACGUCGACAUUCACUUCCUCAUGAUCUACCUCGACUACGUCUUCCCCUACCUCUUUCCGCACUACCGGCCGCCCGUCCUCGCCGGCGGCCGCGGCUGGAUCCUGGACGUGCUGCAGAGCAACAAGUCCGUCUACCACACAGCCAUUUCUCUCGCCAGCUCUUUCUUCGCCGUCGUGCUGGCCAAUGGCGAGGAGGAGCACGAGGAGUGCACGCUGCGCAUGGUGCACAAGCUCGAAAGCCAGCUAGAGCUGGGCCUCGCCGAGCUGCGCAAGGAGAUGCGCCUCUUGACAAGCGGCAAGUCGGGAUUUAACAACGAAAAGGCCCUCAUUGUCAUGCAGAGCAUCAUCCAGAUGCUGUUUUUCGAGGUCUCUACGUCGAACAAGGACAACUGGAAGGUGCAUCUAGAUGCUGCCGUCUUUCUCUUUCAUCAGAUCCUCCCAAACCCGGAGCAGUGGUCCGAGACGCUGAACAACUUAUACACGCCAAAGUGGCCACCACCCGCCAUGGGCCUUCGGCGGCCUUGGAGCACAAACCAGGCAGCCUUGCGCUUCUUCACCGCGACGCUCGUGUACAUUGACGUCCUCGCGAGCGUCACGCUCGGCAAUGCGCCCCGACUGCACCAGUACCAAGCGAGCGUCAUCCCCGGCUGCCCAUCCGAGGACCGCACGCCCGAUCCCGUGCCGGUGGGGCCUCUCAUGUUGGAGGAGUUCUUUGGCCUACCCAACUGGGUCGUCCAGGUCCUGGGCGACGUCGCCGCCCUCGAGUCGUGGAAGCGAGUACAAAAACAGACCGGCUCACUGUCUGUCAGCGAGCUGGUCUCUCGCGGCCAGGUGCUGGCCGAUGCCAUCAAGGGCGGCCUCCAGAUCCUCGAAGCCGGCUACGAGACGCGGCCACAUACACAAGAGAUUACGUUCCAACUGCUGGUCUCAGACCCCGUUGGUGGGGAAGAGGUUCGGCGGCCGUCGUUCCAAGUGAUAUGGCUGCUCGCGACCCUGAGCUACCUCAAUGUCGUCGUCAACGGCUGGCAGCCGUCGAGCCCGGACGUCCGGUGGCCCGUGUCCAGGGCCACGGAGCUGCUGUCCAACGUGCCCAGGGGCUCGUGCCUGCGGGCCCUGGCGUGGCCUAUGUGCGUCUGCGGAUGCUUGUCACCAGAGGAAGACGAGCCGGCAUACCGCGCAAUGGGUGAGCGGCUCGGGCCCCUGAAGAUCUUUGGGACGGUCAAGGAGGCUCUGGAAAUUAUGGAAAAGGUGUGGUCGAUGCGCGGCCAGCUCGACGAGUCGUGGGAUGUGUCCAAGUGUCUCAACAUUCUGGGACAUGGCGUUUUGCUUAUUUGA